AUGUCUUGCUGCGUGGUCGGCACCAAGAAGAGAAUUCUAUGCUCCACGCACAAAACGGAAGGAUUGGUGAACCUUGCCCACAAGACGUGUGCCCAGCCAGGCUGUACCACACUGUCGACUUAUGGCUACGAGUCAUCUCUUGGACGCAAGAACGCGGAGUACUGCGCAAAGCAUGCCCUUCAGGGGAUGAUUUGUGUCACCAACAGGAGAUGUGCCCAUCCAGCCUGCCUCAAGCAGCCGACGUAUGGCUCGAUAGAAAGUGGUAGGCCUGAGUAUUGCUUUGCUCAUCAAUUGGAAGGGAUGGAAGACGUGCGGAACAAGAAAAGGUGUGGCCACCCGGGUUGCAGCAAGCACCCCAGACGCGGUGUUGCCGGCAGCAAGAUGCCUGAGUUCUGUGCAAAACACGCGGAAGAAGGAAUGGUCGACGUGCACUACAACUGCAGGCAACCAGAUUGCCCGAAACAACCGAGCUAUGGUGUUGCCGGUAGCGAAAUGAAGGAAGCUUUGUUUUGUAAGCAACACGCCAAGGAAGGGAUGGUCUGUUUGGAUACUCAGGUUUGCCAGCACCAAGGUUGUAACACGAAGGCCUGCUAUGGGACAUUUGGCAGCAACCAGAAGCAGUUCUGCGGGCGACACGCGAAGAAGGACAUGGUCAUGUGCACAAGGAAGUGCACCAAGCCUGGUUGCGAUGCACCGAGGUCUUUCGGAGCAGCUGGCAGCAGAAUAGCGCGAUUCUGCGCUCAACACGCAAGUGAGGGGAUGGUCGAUAUUUCCAAGAGCAGGUGUGUGCAACCAGGAUGUUCUCUCGUGGCGGCGUUCAGCGUGGCUGGCAGGGCAAAGAGGGAGUUUUGCCGUCGUCACGCGAAGGAGGGAAUGAUAAGAGUCUCCAGGAACAAGUCCGAAAGGUUAUGCGAUCGCGCCGGUUGCAAGAGUCAUGCACGCUGGGGAGUUCCUGGCAGCAGGGACGCCAGAUUUUGCCGUCAGCAUGCGGAGGAAGGAAUGACGAGCGUCUACCGCAAGAGUUGCCUUCACCAACACUGCACGAAAUCCCCGUCGUAUGCGGCACAUGGCAGUAAGAAGGCACAAUUCUGCUCGAGACACCGCGGGGAAGGAAUGGUCAACGUUUUGAGCAGAAGGUGCGUCUCUCCAGGUUGCUCCGGAUCCGCGAGCUUCAGGGUGGUCGGAACUAAAAAGCCUCAAUUUUGCCCCAUCCAUGCCGGGGAGGGGAUGGAGGACGUGAGAAAGAACACGUGCAUCCACCCGGACUGUUUUGCACGAGCAAAGUUCGGCGAGGCAGGUACCGAGAAGGCGGAGUAUUGCAAGGAGCACGCGGGGAAGGGAGCGGUCGACGUUGUCGGUAAACGAUGCCUUCACCCAGGGUGUAUCAAAUGGCCAUCCUAUGGCCCUGUGGGGAAUAGAAGGCCGGAGUUCUGUGGACCGCAUGCGACAGAGGGGAUGGUGGCGGUCAGAGGGCUGAGGUGCAGUCAUCCAUUGUGCGAUGAAUGGCCAUCGUUCGGAAGGGCAGACAACAAGAAGGGUGAGUUUUGCGGGCGUCACGCUACCCAAGGAAUGGUCCAUAUUCGUCGCGAAAGAUGCAGCUCGCCGGGUUGCACCCUGCUGGCGAUUUUCGGCGUUCGUGGUACCUCGAAGGCGGAGGUCUGCACCCGGCACGCCAGCGACAAACCCUGGAUGGUUCGAGUGUUCCGCAGGUUUGGCUCCCGCAAUGGUGGUUCCAUGCCGGAAGUCAAGGGAGCCGGCGAAAAUGUCAAGACGGAACUCUGCGACGGGGAUGUCGCCCCAGAGGCAGGCAUUGACGAGCACGAUGUCGCGAAGAGAAGGCCUGAGGUGGCACCGGUCCCUCUGGACGGCUGCGAUUCAGCACGAAGCACCCCAGUUUUGGCCCCACCCUUCAUGGGCUGCGCAAAAAGACGAAAGGUUAUGGGCGCUACGACGACGGGGCCAACGACAGGAAUACCGUGACAGGUACGCUCGAGGAGCACCAUGUUCGAGGUCCACUGCCGUGCGGCGCCAUGUUGGUGCAGUCACUAAGAGAGCGCGACGCUCUGCUUUUUUUCUCAGAACCUUGCGGCGUUGUAACGUGCUCAUGUAUUUGGGCCUGCGUGAAGGCCGGUAGCUGGGUUUCAUUCAUUCAUUCAGAUAAGUCGUGGUGGAACGCAAUCACUCACCGGUACGACAGCGUCAGCGUUGCUACGUAGUGUAAUGAUUACGAGAGAGGCGAGGUAAACGCACGACUCGAGAGCAGCGAAGCAGCGUGAGUAGCUUUGGUUCUCUCCAUGUGUGCUUUUUUUACAGAGUGGUAAUUUUUUAGGUAGAAGGAAGCGCCUUUAGGAAGUUUCUUCGCCACACAAUUGUGCGAUGUGGUCUAGAUAGACUAUGAUGUGAUCGGAAACGGGACGUUUCAAACCCACCCCCGGUUCAUCGCGAAUGAUUCACUUUCCAAUAGCUCGCCUGGAUAUGUCGCAUGCGAGUUGUACGGCGACCGGUGGUUGCGGGAGACCAGUCUGAAGUUUUGUGAUGCUAGCUUUUUCGGUGAUUCUUUGAGAAUCUCUCCGCCGAGAAGUGGCAUAUUCAUCGAUCUUACGUGCCGCG